UGGGGGCUGACCCGCAGGAGGGAGGAGGGGGUACCGGGAAGAGGCUGACAGCCUGGCCAAGAGUCGGCCUUGGGAGGCGUAGGAGAGAGACCCCAAGGCGCAGGAAAGGAGGUCAGGGUGACUGAGGCGGAGCCAUGUGGCAGCUGCUGCUCCCGCUGGCCCUGUGGCUGGGCGCGACGGGCUUGGGCAGGGCUGAGCUCACGGAGGCCCAGCACCGGGGCCUGCAGGUGGCCCUGGAAGAAUUCCACAAGCAUCCGCCCGUGCAGUGGGCCUUCCAGAAGACCCGCAUGGACAGUGCCAUGGACAUGCCCUUGUCGGCCGGGACCUUUGUGAGGCUGGAAUUUAAGCUCCAGCAGACGAGCUGCCGGAAGAAGGACUGGAAGAAUGCUGAGUGCAAGGUCAAGCCCAACGGGAGAAAGCGGAAAUGCCUGGCCUGCAUCAAAUUGGACUCUGAGGAUAAAGUCUUGGGCCGGAUGGUCCACUGCCCCUUAGAGAUGCAGGCUCAACAGCAGGGAAGCAAGGAGCACCAGGAGGCCCAGUGCAGCAGGGUGCAGCGGGCCGGUGAGGACCUCCAGAGCUACUACUUACCCGGACAGUUUGCCUUCCUCAAAGCCUUGCCCCCCAGCUGAGGACUGAAGUUUCUUUCCCCUUUCCUCUAGAAGUUCAUCCGGCUUCCUGGAAGCUGUGGGAGGUAACCAGUGAGAGACCACCCUCCCUUCUCCGCGCCCAGGGAAGACCAGCCCACUAUCCCUGAGCUAAUAAAACUGCUCUCCAGCUGUG